AUGGAACGCAAAGACGACCUCAACAACAACCACGCACAUGGCGAGCCAGACUCGAUAAGUGACGAUGACAAGUCGAUCUCGCGGCAAAGCGGAGAUACGAGUGGCUAUGCUAUCCUUGACGAUUCCACAAAGGAAGAAGAAAGCCACGGGGCGUCGCCGAAGCAGCAGAAAUACGGAUGGAGAUUCUGGGCCGUCUUUUUCGGGCUGGCCGUCACCGCCCUCAUCAGCGGGAUGGAGGGUGUCAUUCUGUCCACAGCGCUGCCGACCAUCUCGCGCGACCUUGGUCCCGGAGAAAACUAUUCGUGGGUCGUCAACGCCUACUUCCUCACCAGUGCUGCGGUCCAGCCGCUAUACGGACAGCUGGCAGACAUUUUUGGGCGGAGAUGGAACAUGCUGGGCGCCGUUGCAAUCUUUGCGCUGGGCAGCGGCAUCUGCGGCGGCGCAACGAGCUCCGACAUGCUGAUUGCAGGCCGCGCCGUCCAAGGCAUCGGUGCGGGCGGGCUCAACAUGCUCAUCGACGUGAUUAUCUGCGAUCUGGUGCCUCUGCGCGAGCGCGGCACGUACGUUGGACUGCUCUUCAUGAUCGUCACCGUUGGCUCUGCUUGCGGGCCAGUCGUUGGCGGCGCCAUCGUCGACAACACAUCCUGGCGCUGGGUCUUCUACUUCAACCUGCCCUUCUGCGGCCUCGCCCUGCUCCUCCUCUGGGCCUUCCUCCGCACAGCCUUCAAAAACGAAGCCUCCCUCGCCGCCAAGCUCAAACGCAUCGACUACAUCGGCAACGCCAUCAUCAUGGGCGCCACCGUGGCCAUGCUCUUCGCCGUCACCUACGGCGGCACUCGCUACGCCUGGUCCUCGCCGCACACCCUCACCCCGCUCAUCCUCGGCCUCCUGGGCCUCAUCGUCCUCGCCCCGCUCUUCGAAUGCUCCCGCUUCGCCACCAACCCGGUCAUCCCACCCCGCCUCUUCGCCAACAACCGCACCGCCUGCCUCGCCUACUUCGUCACCUUCCAGCACGCCAUCGUCACGUACUGGGUCACCUUCUUCCUGCCCGUCUACUUCCAAUCCGUGCUGCGCGCCGCGCCCACGCGCGCCGGCGUCAUGAUGCUGCCGACCGUCACGCUCUUCGCGCCCUGUGCCGCCGUCGCCGGCGGUGUCGUCUCCAAGACCGGCCGCUACAAGCCCCUCGCCGUCGCCGGCCUGCUCGUCGUCACCGUGUCGGUCGGCUGCCUGACGCUGCUCGACGCGCAAACUCACACGGCCGUCUGGGUCGUCCUGCAGGGGCUGGUCGCCGCGGGCUUGGGUGCUGUUAUUAGCACGCUGCUGCCGGCGGUGCAGGCGGGCGUGCCGGAGACGGAGGCUGCGGCGACGACGGCGACGCUCGCGUUCGUGCGCAGUAUUGCCACGGUUUGGGGCAUCGCCGUGCCCGCGGCGAUUUUUAACAACCGUUUCGAUCAGCUGCUGCCGGGUAUUGGUGAUGCGGGCGUCAGGGCGCUGCUGGCGAAUGGGAAGGCGUAUGAGCGCGCGUCGAGGGAGUUUAUUAAUGGCUUUCAGGAGCCGCUGAGGAGUCAGAUUGUUGGGGUUUAUGCAAAGAGCUUGAGUAGGAGCUGGGCGAUUGCUGUCGUGUUUGCGGGUACGGCGCUGGUUGCGGCGUGCUUUGAGAAGGAGCUCAAGCUUAGAACGGAGCUGGAGAAUGAGCAUGGGCUCGAGAAGAAGGCGGACAGUGUGAAUGCCGAGGAAAACGGCACUGUGCACAAAGGCUGA